CUUAAAUUCCAGAGUGGAACGAGUUUCCUUCAGAGACGUCACUGUGGGAUCGACGGUGAGUCUUGGAGCAGUGCUGUCAGGCGACGGACAUUCGGACUGUUUGUUGUCAUUUCCUCGAGACGGGACUCCUCCAGGCUGUAAACGGUAGCCGUACCCGUCGAGGGUUGAAGGCUGCGAGAUUAGAGAGGUGAACAGUCCCAGUGCUUUCGUCGAAACUACCGGUGGAUUCAUGCUGGCUGUUGGAAGCUAAAUGCGGUACGAAGCUAAAAUGAUGCCGAUGUUCCUGACAGUAUACCUCAGUAACAAUGACCAGCAUUUUACUGAGGUUCCAGUCACUCCAGACACUCUGUGCAGAGAUGUGGUGGAGUUGUGCAAAGAGCCCGGGGAGAUGGACUGUCACCUGUCUGAGAUGUGGCGCGGUUCUGAGCGAGCUGUAGGGGACGGGGAGAGGAUGCUGGAUGUGCUCCAAAGAUGGGGGCAGCACAGGGCUGAGGUGCGCUUCUUUCUGCGUCAUAACCGAGCACCUGGCAGAGAGACCGGAGGCUCAAGAGGCAUGGAGCCAAAAAGAAAUGGAAUGAAAGGCCCCCAAGACAGGAGGAUGGAGAAUGGGGUGGGCACACCAAGGAUGGACAUGACACUGGCUGAGCUUCAAGAGAUGGCAGCCAGACAGCAGCAGCAGAUUGAAGCUCAACAACAGCUCCUUGCGUCCAAGGAACAGCGACUGCGCUACUUGAAGCAGCAAGAACAGCGUCAGCAGCAGCAGGCCUCCGAGCAGGAGAAGUUGCAACGCCUUCGGGAAAACAUCGAGAACCAAGAGACCCGGCUCAAGAAGGUCCGGGCCCUCAAGGGCCAGGUGGAGCAGAAACGCGUCAGCAAUGGAAAAUUAGUGGAGGAGAUAGAACAGAUGAACAACCUGUUCCAGCAGAAGCAGAGGGAACUAGUGAUGGCCGCAUCCAAGGUGGAGGAUCUCAGUCGACAACUGGAGAUUCUCAAAAAUGGAAAAAUGGACAACUUCCACGACAGUCAGGGCUCUGUGGCUGAACUAGAUCGCCUUUACAAGGAGCUGCAAGUAAGGAACAAGCUUAACCAGGAACAAAACUCCAAGCUGCAGCAGCAGAGAGAUAGCUUGAACAAGCGAAACCUGGAGGUGGUAGCCAUGGACAAACGAAUCAGUGAGCUGCGGGAUCGGCUGUCAAAGAAAAAGGCAGCGUUGCAGCAAAAGGAAAAUGUGCCUAAUGGCUUUCCCAGUAAAGAGCGGGCUUCAAAAGAAACUCAUCUUCAGGUCAAACUACCAUAUCCAUCUGAGUUAGGCAUGCAGGUUGACUUACUGUCAGCUGUCAGACAGCCCUCUGAUGGCCAAGCCGGACAGCAGACGGGUCCAUCUCGUGUGGCAGCGGUCGGCCCAUACAUACAGUCGUCCACCAUGCCCCGGGGCCCAAUGAGACACGAGCUGCUUGUGAAACCAGCCUACCCUGACGGCACUGCCACGCUGCCUUCCCACGACCCACAGAGCAAGGCUAGCGCAGGUAUUCAUCCCUCCAGGCUGCCAGACUGGGGAUCUUCAGGUAUGGACUCCAACACCAACGGUCACGGUUCUGCUUCCACACUGCCACGAAUGAACUCCCACGCCAACGCUAACUCUGAGAAUGUAGAUGACGCAGAACUGAAGAGAGACCGGAAAGUACGUCCAUUUUCCAUGUUUGAGCCAACAGAAGCUCCUGCUACCUCUCUCCGGAAAAACCAGAGCAGCGAUGACUUGGUCCGCGAUGCUCAGGCUGCUCCCAAGGCCCCAGUGAAAGUGCCUCCUCCCGUCCCCACCAAACCAAAAGGCCCAGGUGUUGUACCCUACGGUAAACCAGGCCUCAACACCGGCACUUUCCCCAAAGCCAAGUCUCACAGCCAGCAGCCCCAGGUAUCGCAGAACCGCAGCACAAUGACUGCGUCACAGAGUCAGACACUUCCUCUGCCUAAUAAGCAGGACACUCCUCCAGCAGCCACCGUACGACCGUUCACCCCCGAGCUGCCCUCCUCCAAAGAUCCCAGCCUAAGUAAACCUCAGACUUUGGCAGCCAGCUCCAUAUACUCCAUGUACACUCAGCAGCCCGGAGCAGGCAAACCCUUCCAGUCCAAUCUGCACGGCGUCAUCAACAGAGCCCAGAACCGCAACAACGGAUUUGCCAGUGUGUACGGAAAGCCAGUAUUUCCCAGUGGAAUCUCCCAGUAUCCAGAGAAUCCGUACCAGGACAGACGAUCUCCUGCCUUCGACGAGGUGGAUCACAGCGGAGCUAACAAUGUUGGUCCAAGCCCGUCUGAGGGCCCCCAACCAGAAACUGAGCGCAUCCCCCGGCCCCUCAGCCCCACCAAGCUUCUGCCCUUCAUUUCAAACCCAUACAGGCACCAGAGUGAGAGUGACCUGGAGGCAUUGAGAAAGAAACUGUAUAACGCACCAAGACCCCUGAAGAAGCGCAGCUCCAUCACAGAGCCUGAAGGGCCCGCGGGGCCCAACAUUCAGAAACUCCUCUAUCAGAAGACCACGUUGGCAGCCAUGGAGACCACUGUCGGUACACCGUCCACUCCAAACUUUGUUGGUGAGCCAGAGAGAACAGCAGAGGGUUCUGCAGAGCCACAGGUUCCCGGCUCACUAAGUGGUGCAGAGGACCAGCCGUCAGAGACGGGACAGGCUCCAGAAGCAGGACCUCCACUGUCUUACGUCCCGAGUCCUAACGUUCCAGUUCCUGCUCAUACCGAACAGAACAAAACGCCAUCGGCCAUCCCACAGGCCGAGGACAUUAUACCCCCUCCUCCACCCUCCCACCCAGCUCCCAGGCCAGACGAUGGUAAUUUCCCACCACCCCCUCCACUGCCACCUGCGGGCUUGGAAGACACAAUGUCCAACCUCCCUCCUCCACCUCCAGAGGGCUUCAUGGAGGAGUUCCCUCCUUACCCUCCUCCCCCGUACCCCAGUGGAGCGGAGCAGGAGAUUUUGGGAGAGGAUCCCUUUUACAUGAAGGCACCAGAGGUCACGGGCCAGGUCACACUUCCACCGGGUAAGAGGACCAACUUACGUAAGAUUGGGUCUGAACGGAUAGAUCACAGCAUGAGGGUGAAGUUCAAUCCACUGGCUCUACUGCUGGACUCUUCUCUGGAGGGAGAGUUUGACCUGGUUCAGAGAAUCAUUUAUGAAGUGGAGGACCCUAGUCAACCCAACGACGAAGGCAUAACAGCUCUUCACAACGCAGUCUGUGCUGGACACACAGAGAUUGUCAAAUUCCUGGUCCAGUUUGGUGUCAAUGUCAAUGCUGCGGACAGUGACGGCUGGACACCACUCCACUGCGCUGCAUCCUGCAACAAUGUCCAGGUGUGCAAGUUUCUCGUUGAGUCUGGCGCCGCAGUGUUCGCCAUGACCUACAGCGACAUGCAGACAGCAGCUGAUAAAUGUGAAGAGAUGGAGGAGGGCUACACCCAGUGCUCUCAGUUCCUCUACGGGGUUCAAGAGAAGAUGGGCAUCAUGAACAGGGGCGUGGUCUACGGUCUGUGGGACUACAGUGCAGGAAACCUGGACGAGCUGUCCUUCAGCGAAGGAGACAGCAUGACCAUCGUACGCAGAGAAGAUGAGGAAGAGAUCGAUUGGUGGUGGGCGAGAAUGGCCGACACCGAGGGUUACAUCCCUCGCAACCUCCUAGGGCUCUAUCCCAGAAUAAAACCAAGGCAGAGAAGCCUGGCUUAAACACAACCAACUGUGUACAUUCCAGUCUGCCAGUACACACACACACACAUACACACACAUACACAAAGAAGAGAAAAGGACUCUGCUGAACUGAAGAGAUACAGGCAGACCGGAGAAAAUGAAGGAUCAUCUUCGUGGCACUUUUCUAAAUCUACAACAGAGAAACUCUCACAUAUUUUUUCAGACAUGUUUCUUUUUCUUUUUUUCCACUGUUUUUGUAUUUCCUUCGACAUCUAUUUUUUCUGAGCUUACUGUAAAAAAAAUCACAUGUAAAUGGAACAAGCAGUAUUUUUAUUCCUAGAAAAGUAAUUUUUACACUUUAGAUUCAUUCUUUAUUGUAGCUAUCACAGUUUGUUCUUUGCAUUGCAGGUGUAGUUGAUAACGAUGGUGACGAUAUUUUUUUAAUAUAAUGAUGUCACCAUGACAAUCUAACGAGGCCUGUUUGUCAUUGUCCGCUCCGAGUGAUUGUGCCUCUGUAAAACAGCCUGCACUGGAGCUGAGCUAUGACGUCUCUGCUGUGACCACCAACAAACUAAAAACGUGUUUUUUAAUCAUUGCUGUUCAGUCUGUGGUCAAUGAAAAUCUGUUCUAUGUACUCCUUUGUACGAGAACAUGGUAGAGAUGCCAUAUUUACCACAUAUACCAUGUAUUUCUGUGACACAAACUAGUAACAAUUUACUGUAGUAAUGAUAAUAAUAUGAAAAUGGACUUUAAACAUGAAGGAAAUGCCAUCCAGUAUAGUUGUUUUUCACUACAGCCAUUUUCCAUGGCUAUGCAGUCACGGGAAAAGGCAAACUCUAUACCGGAAAGAUUGUUUUUUUGUGUGUGUGUGUAAUCAUUUAAAUAUGUCACAUCACAUUAUAAAAUCACAACAUGUCUUAAGUCAAACUGUUUCUUAAAAAAUGAAAGAUGAAUUUUAUGUUCUUCACAUUCCUAAAAAUCAUCUUGUCACAUAUUUCUGUCAAUGCAGAUGUAUUUAUUCUUAUUUUUAUUUUUGUCCUUCUGUCAUAAAUGUAUUCCAAAUGUACUGUAGCAUUUUAAACAUUGACAAUAAAAUACUUUGUACUA